CGCAUUGAGAUAUAUGAAUGAGACGUCGCCAUCAAGAUGGGAGCCAGACUUAAGAAAAAGGGAACCACUGGUGCUGCCACCAACUACAUUACGAGAACAAGAGCUGUGCGCAAACUUCAGAUUUCGCUUCCUGACUUCCGACGACUAUGUAUCUUCAAAGGUAUAUAUCCGCGUGAACCAAGGAAUAAGAAGAAAGUUACCAAAGGCGCAACUCCGGCAACAACGUUCUACUACACCAAGGACAUACAAUAUCUACUUCACGAACCCUUGAUUGCAAAAUUCCGCGAACAUAAAGCUCUCGGGAAGAAGAUCUCGCGCGCGCUGGGAAGAGGGGAAGCUGGAGAUGCUGCGCGUCUAGAGAAAACCUUGAAACCCAAGAUCGCCUUAGAUCACAUUAUCAAAGAACGAUACCCGACCUUCGUAGACGCUCUGAGGGAUCUUGACGAUGCUCUAUCCAUGCUGUUUCUCUUUGCAAAUCUCCCUUCACAUACCCACAUUCCUUCGAAGACUAUCGAGCUCUGCCAGAGACUAUGUCUAGAGUUUGAACACUACCUCAUUGUGUCCCACUCGCUCCGAAAAUCUUUUCUGUCGAUAAAAGGCAUCUAUUACCAAGCUACCAUACAAGGACAAGACAUAAUGUGGCUUGUUCCAUAUAAAUUUGUUCAGAACGUAAGCGGCGACAUUGACUUCCGGAUCAUGGGGACUUUCAUCGAAUUCUACACGACGCUGCUCGGUUUUGUAAACUACCGGCUGUACACCUCGAUCGGGCUUGUAUACCCUCCAAAGUUCAAUGCAGCGAGUGAUGAAGCAGGUGGAGAGCUUGGUGCUUUCACUCUUGAGGGUAGAGCUGUGGUUACCCAGGAGCUCAAUGGUCAGGGUCGUAUUGAGAAUGGCGCAGUCAAUGAGGAAGCUACCGCCGCUGCUCAGGCCCAGGCCGACAAGAUCGCUGCCCAGCAAUCCGCCGAUAUCGCACUACCGACUGAUGAGGCCCAAACCGAUAUGGUUGAGGAAGUCACUGAUGGCAUUGACACUUUCGAGACAACUGGCGCAGAUGCCGACAUCCUUCCCCAGCCGCAAGCUAGCAGCUCCGAAAUUGCCUCACUCUUUGCUGACUACACAUUUUACCUCUCUCGCGAGACUCCACGCCAGCCAUUGGAGUUUAUCUUGAAAGCAUUUGGCUGUAAGCGCGUUGGUUGGGACAGCAUUCUCGGCGACGGCGCAUAUGUCACUGACGAGUCUGACCCGUUGAUCACCCACCAAAUAGUUGACCGUCCCCAGAUCGCAUCAGAGGCUACUCAGAGCAAUAAUGGCGAAGGGGUUGAAGCACCCGUGACGAAGCUUUUGUGGCCCCGUGCAAUGGUGCCUGGCCGUACAUAUGUCCAGCCGCAAUGGGUAUGGGAUUGUAUCAAUCAAGCAAAACUCCUUCGUCCCGACAUCUAUUCCCCAGGCGCGCAGCUACCGCCACAUCUGAGUCCAUGGGUCAAGCCAAAGAAGGGCGCUUAUGAUCCAACGGUUCCACUUGAGGAGCAAGAGCGGGUCGGCGAGGCAGAUGAGUAUGACGAUGACGCGGAUGUACCAGCUCCCAUAGAAGGGGCCGCCGACCAGUCUCAGGAGAGCGAUGAGGACGUGAUCGAAGGAGAGUCCGACGAAGACGAUGUUGACAUGGAUGUCGCAUCAGAUAACUCCGACUCCGACUCAGAGGAUGCAUUCGCAGCAGCAGCCGAUGCUGCUGCAGAGUCCGAUUUCGAAGGCUUUGAGGACGAAGAGUCCGAAGACGAAGCCACCAAAGCCCAGAUUCAGCAUCAGCGCGAGCUUGAAGCCGAAGCUGCCGGUCUUCCUGCUCCGGCGGCUCCCACUCCACUUUCAAAAGCGGAAGCUGCAAGAAAGAAGCACGCAAAGAAACAGCGUGAAGAGCAGGAGGAGGAACAGCGCAACAAGAUGAUGAUGAGCCGCAAGAAGCGCAAGACAUACGAGAGGAUGCAGUACGGCAACGAGAAGCGGAGUCAAGAAGCAGAGAAGAUCAGAGCGAAGAAGCGGAAACUGGAGAAGGGAAAGCAGACGAGCUAGAAAAAUACCAACUCGAGCGUAUUGCGGACUUGUGGUAAUAGGAAGUUUUGAUGUUGCAUGUGGCGGAGUUGGGGGAGUAUAUGUGUUAUGCGUGUUAAAGUACAAUAUAGUACAGAUAAGAUGCUCCUCGAGCAGGAUUCUUGACACUCGCCAUGCAAUGCU